CGCGAGAGUUUGGAACGAGAGGUGGCGAGAAAACAAAACUGUCAUGGCUGCCGUUGGCUAAAACUUUUGUGUACGUGUGGAGUUUUAGCUGAAUUCUCCUGAAACUGCGCAGGUACAGACAAAGGUGUAUUACUCUGAGUCAGAACCGUAUCUUAGGCUCAUUUUGCAGUACGUGUUUGGUUAUUGGCUAUCGGACUUCUGCGUUUAUAGACUUAUAUUUAUGUGCCCCCCUCCCCACAACGUGUCCAAGACGUAAACAGUAGUGUACAGUCGAAAUUACUAUUAACAGCCAUGGAUGAAAGGGAGGAAUUGGGAGACUUACAGAUGCCAGCGUUUUUACUGGAAGAUCCUGACGUGGAGAUCCUGGAAGAAUAUGAUCCAGACAUACCAGCGUCAAAUCCGCUGGAAUAUCUUCAAAGAGUUCGACGUGAGGCAGAGAAGUGUCCUUCUGUAGUCGUGGCUGACAUCGACGUGACCACCUUCAAGGAUAAACAGACUGUUCUGGUUUCUCCAUCCACAGGUUUUAUUCCAGCAGAGGAAGGUUUUGCUCCAACAGUUCCAGCUCAGAGGAAGUUAGCUGCCCAGUUUUCAAAUGUUAGACAAGCAUAUAGAAGGCAUCUACAUAAGAAGAAGAAAGAAAAAGCAGAACAAGAGCAAAAAUUAAAGCUGCCAGCCAUGAAGGAUGAGAGUGGGUGGAAGCAGCUGUGCCUGGGCUGUGGUGUGUCUCCAGAGGGGUCUGUAGAGGAAGGAGAGGAGGGAAGGCAAGGGGAGGGACAGGGGGCCACUACAGACAGCAAGAAGGAGGGCAGACCACCAAGUUUACACAUUCUGAUAACCAUGGACCAGUGGACUGUGAUACAAGUUCUGGACUUUCACAUCACAUGGUUACAGAGACAUGGAUUCUCAACAAUACAGGCACAGUGGUUGUAUGCCCUGAUGGUGUGUUUAGAGAAGCCCCUGUACCCUGACACGGCUGCUUCCCUACGUACACUGUCCAGAUGUUGUAGUGCUAUACGAGCCACACUCGAUAGUAAAGAGGAUGACAGACUGGCUCCUUUAAACCUUCUCAUAUGUUUGGUAUCUAGAUACUUUGACCAAGGAGACUUAGCAGACACAUAGACAUAAUCAAUGGCAUCCUCCCCCGCCCCCUUUUUAGACAUCUAGUAUGAAUCUUGUUUCUUUGCAUUGAUCGUAAAGUGACCGUACGCCAGAAACUUAAGCAUAGGAUCUUAAAGCGGACAUUUGAAGCGUCAUUCCUUAGCAUUUUUUAAUAGUGAUGUAGUGUAUAUGACUCACUCUGAGAAUUCAGUGUAGCUCUUACUGGUGUGCUUUAAGCUCUGUAAUAAGAAUAGUGCAGGCAAGGAAACAAACAUCUCACCUAUUUUGCAUUACUUUGUCCAAUCUAAUAAACCUUGUUUGUGUUAA